UGAUAACUUCUGGUGGUGGUCAUUUACCGUUCAACUGAAAUUCCCUGGUCAUGGAAUCACCACCGACCAUGCAAACCCAAUGAUUAUUAGCAAAAAAAUAAUAAUUAAAUGAUAAAUUUGGAAAAAUUUAAAAUUAAAAUUGAUGACAUCUACACAGCAUCUUUAUCGCAUAUCUGUUUCCUCUUCCAAAUCCCACGUUACCCUGUAAUGUUCUUCUCUUUCUUGGUUAUCUAUUCUGUGAUCGAUUGUGAUGUUUUCUUGUUUGAUAUACAAAAUUAUGUGAAAUGCAAAGGGUUUGAAGCCUGAUUGGGAUUUGAAUUUCUUGAAUUGGGGAAGGUUUGCGAAGUUUCUUGAAAGUUUCCAAUCUUAGAAAGGAUAGAUAAUGGAAUUCCUUUUCGCACAAACUGAAGAAAGCGUGAAGACUGGGGAGGUGGAUUCUUUAAAAAGUUCUGUUCUGCCAUUGUUGAAGCUCCUAACCCUAUCCAUCAUUGGUCUGAUUCUUGCCCAUCCAAAAACCCAAAUCGUCCCAAGAUCUACUUUUAAGCUUCUUAGCAAACUUGUUUUUGCUCUGUUCUUACCUUGUAUGAUCUUCAUUCACCUUGGGGAAUCUAUUACUCUAAAAAAUUUCGCACUUUGGUGGUUCAUACCUGUAAAUGUGGUCAUCAGUACCACCAUCGGUUGUGUGUUAGGGUACCUGGUGGCAUUAAUAUGCAGGCCGCCUCCGGAAUUUGUUAGAUUCACUGUUAUUGCUACAGCAUUUGGAAACACGGGAAAUCUGCCCCUUGCUAUUGUUGGGUCAGUGUGCCAUAGCACAGAUAACCCGUUCGGUCCUCAUUGUCAUAGAACUGGUGUGGCAUAUGUAUCUUUUGCCCAAUGGGUUGCUGUACUUCUUGUUUAUACCCUUGUUUACCAUAUGAUGGAGCCCCCAUUAGAGUAUUAUGAGGUCGUGGAGGAAGAAGGGGCUGAGAUUGAUGAACAAUUACCAAUCAGUGACCUCAGUAGGCCACUUCUUGUUGAAGCAGAAUGGCCUGGAAUGGAAGAUAAAGCAACUGAACAUUGCAAGACACCCAUUAUAGCAAAGGCCUUCAACAGCAUCUACAGCAUUUCACAAAGUUCUAUUCCAGAUAACCUUUCACAAACUUCUAUUUCGGAUAACAUUUCACAAACUUCUAUUCCGGAUCCUGAUUUGCCGGAGGAGGGAGGUCGAAGGAGUCCCAAAUCUGUUCGGUGUUUGGCAGAGCCCCGGAUGGUUAGAAGAAUUAGAAUUGUGGCCGAGAAAACCCCAGUUAUUCGCAUCCUUCAGCCUCCAACAAUUGCUACUCUGUUGGCCUUUAUUGUUGGGAUGGUUCCUCCUAUCAAAGACUUUGUAUAUGGUGAUGAUGCUCCACUUUCAUUUAUCACAGAUAGUCUCGAAAUCUUGGCUGGAGCUAUGGUCCCCUCAGUAAUGCUAAUUCUUGGAGGAAUGCUUGCUGAAGGUCCCAAUGAAUCUAAACUCGGGAUUCGAACUACAGUGGGCAUCAUUGUUGCUAGGCUUUUGGUACUUCCUUUGAUUGGAAUUGGUGUCGUUUGUUUGGCUGGUAGAAUGAAAUUUUUGAUCCCUGGGGAUGAAAUGUACCGGUUUGUGCUAUUAUUGCAGUACAUGACACCAAGCGCUAUUUUGCUUGGAGCAAUUGCUAGCUUGAGGGGUUAUGCAGUGAGUGAAGCAUCGGCACUCCUCUUCUGGCAGCAUGUGUUCGCUCUGUUCUCUCUUUCAAUGUAUAGUAUUCUCUACUUCAAUCUGCUGAUUUCUUACAUCUGAGGUUUGUUCCAAACCUUUUGGCUUCAUGUUUUGCGAUUAUAUGAUUAGCAUGUAAGGGGCUUAUGACCAAUUAUUUCAGAUGGUAUUGUCUAAUUCUUACAGUGCAAUAUAUAAUUAAGUUUGAUA